UACAAUCGGCCAUCCAUAUCCACGGAGUCAAACAUCCAAAUAUUCCCCAAAAAUAUACAUUCUGAAAAGCCAGUUGUGAUUUUGCCAUUUUAUACAAGGGACAUCACUUUACUACCUUGCUGUAUUUAAUAGGACUUGAGCAUCCCCAGAUUUUGGUAUCCAUGGGGGUUCCUGGGUCCAAAUUCCAAGGACCUUCUGUACUGUCAGAUGAGUUAUGUGUUUGCAUAAGCUACCAGGAUAACCACACAUCCUUCUAUACACUGUGUUUUUGCAGACAUUAAAGCAUCCAUGAAUGAAAGUGAGGUUGAUGACUGUGGAAGUAGCACUUUCAAAAAACAUUGUUGACCCAGAAGUGCUGUUUUGUCUGUAGCAUCUGUAUCACAAAGUCUUGUCUAAUCAGCAUCGUCAAAUGAUGGAAACAAACUUAUACUGUAUGUAUCUCUGUGAAAGGUAGCCAAAAAAAACCUCCCAAGAAUAAUCACAUUAGCUGACAAGAUGAUUUCCUAGAGGAGAAAGCAUAUUUUGGCAAGAUGCAUUUCACUAAUAUCUAGAUCUUCAUACCAUUUUUGUAGCAGAUAUUUUUGGAUAAAAAUCUCUUCUUAACUUUGAAUAUGAAUGUGUCAUGCAGUCUGUAUAAGAAAAAAAAUAAAAGUGCUUGCAAUACUAAUAAGGAUGGGUAGACAGGGUUAGGGAAGAAUAGUCAUUAACUAAUUUGAGUUUUUUUUAAAACAAAAGCAUUGAAAAAAGGAGAAAAUAGCUACUCGCAGAGUAUAGCAGUAAAAAAUUCUAGCAAAGUUUGGAAGUGGUCAACUGUUUGUCUUGCUGACUGACAACGCAAAUAAUAUGAAAGCAGCAUGGGGCAUCCGAGCGGAUAACUAUCCAGAUCUUACUGCAAUAGAAUGUGUUUCACAUGGCUUAAAUCUGUUUCCUAAUGAUUUUUAUGAAGUUGGACACACUGGAAAAGAUCUUCAGAAGGCAAAUGAAAUUAUAUGUGAUGUUUAUUCAUAUUGGAUCUGAAACAUACAAGAAGAAAAGAAUGGGAAGGAUAAAAUUAUAACAGUCAAACUUUGUAAUAAAAUUAAAUGGGUUGAUGUGGUAAUCUCAUUUGAAAAUUUAUUUUAAAAAUUCUUCAAGAAACAGUUUAAAUUGAAGAACAUAAUAGUUAUAGGCAUAUGGAACAUUUUUCAAAAUAAUAUAUUUUCUGAGUUCAGCUGCAAAACUUGAAGAUUUUACUACAGCUUUCUUCAGCUGUUACUCUGUCUGAAUGCAAUGGUGCAGUGUGGUCAGACAUUCUUCACCUUUGUGCCCAGAUGAAAUCUCUUGUGUGUGACAAUCUAAGUUUAUCUCCUCUUGCAAGUAAGGAAGAAGGAAAUGUGAAAUCCUCAUUCAAAAAUGAGAAGAAAUUUUGUUGGCCAGCUGGUUCAUGCAGUUGCACUCAUCUUGGGACUACCAUAUGGGGCUUGAAAAGUGGAAUUAGAGCAGGAUAGUAACUUCUGUGGUUAUCUUAUCUCACAAUAUUAUGACUGUCCAGUAACUGUAGGUCAUCAGUUGCUGGAGCGCUCCUUAUUGAUGGGCAAAAUCUGUUAGUUUCUGUUAGUUGAAUCUGCAUUUCAACUGUUGAUGCACAUGUACAGUAAUAAAUUCCUCCCAAAGGAGUUCCAAUAUGCGAACAGUCGUGCAGUGCAAGUGGGUGUGAUUAUGUACCUCUCCCCCUCUCUCGCUGUUCUCAAGUGGGCUGGGUUUUUUUCUUUUUCAAUUUCUUUUCUUUUAUUUGCUUUUUUAAAAAUUUAAUGGGGUGCCAUAAACAUGUAUUUGCACUAAAAAGCACCCUGGGAAGGACAUAAGGCAUGGAGCAUGCAGAAGACAGAUGCUGAGACAGAACCAGCAGCAUAGCAAUUUGGAAGAGCUGUGCAAUAAUGACUUUCCCUCACCUGGUAUGUUUGCAUUUCCUAGACUAACCCAAUUGUGGCACCUUACAAGCCUGGUGUGAUAAAGUUCUUAGAUCCAAGGUUCAAAGGCUGUUCAGCACUGAUAGUAUCAUUGCUGACAGAUUUGACUGGACUAGCAAACAAGCAGCACAUUCAGGACUUAAUAUUGGAAAGGUCUUUUUAAUGUUUCAGAAUAUAGAACCUCUUCAAGAAUUUAAUUGAGGACAACCGUCUGGGGAUCUAUUAAGAAUAUUCGUCCUGCAACAUGAUGACAAGGCUUCUGUAGAAAAUUGCCUCUGAUAUAUCUUCCUUUAUUCCAGAUUAUUUCAACUGCUACAGGAUAUGAAAGAAAUUGGCAAAUACUUAGAAAUACCCAAAUGAAAUCCAUAAAUGUAAUUUGAAAGAAAGAUAGAUACUAAUUUUCCCCACAGUGAAUGUGACAUAUAUUGUAAUUGUAUAAUAAUACAAUUUUGAAAUGUUUAGUAUUUCAGCAUUAAGUUAAAAUUUAUAUCCAAAUAAUGAUUUUUUUUGUUUAAUUGUGGUUUCUGUUUUCACUUUUUCCUAUUUCUCAGCUGGCAUAAAAUAAGGUGUAUGUGGAGCAUAGGAUGUAGCAGUUUUCAGCUCUCUCCUUAAUACAGAAUAUAUUUACAUUUUUGCUUGUGCAAACCAGGGCUUUUGUAUUUUUAAAUUACAUAAGUAUGCAAAAUACUACAAUUUCAAUUGCUAAGAUAGGACUGAUACAUUACAUAUUGCUAAAGCAGUAAAAUAAGCUUAGGUCUGAUAUGAAAACAGGCAUGCAUAUUUAAUCUUUUCCACAAAUUUCUAUUCUUUUUUCCACAGGGGAAAUUUUUUCUGUGCUUUCAAAAUUUCUACAAAUUUUAUAUCUAUAGGCACCACGCCACUGUUUUUUCAUGCCAGCAUCUUAAGUUUCAGCAGCCUUAUUGAAGAUUAUAUUUAUUUAUUUUCCAUGUUUCCAGAGUAUGCUAUAGUUGCACCAUUUCCAGAAGCUCCUUGUGAAGAAAUUUGGUGUCACAUCCAAGUGCUGAAGAUCAAAUCAGCAAAAAUGGGAAGCACUGGAUUCUGGUUUGCUCCUAGACAUGUCAGUGGAACUGGUUAAGACCAAAAUCUGAAGGUUUUUCUUCGUUAUCCAUCACCAGUCCCCUUUUGCUUUCUUUAACGACCACAUGAAACUUGAGAAGCCAUCUAAAGCUAAAUCAUUUAGUGGAGUUGGGCAAUUCCCAAGUGUCCAACAAGAAGGCCUGGUUUAGGCUGCGAUGGCCACUGUCAUUCCUGGUGAUUUGUCAGAAGUAAGAGAUACCCAGAAAGUCCCAUCAGGGAAACGUAAGCGUGGUGAAUCCAAACCAAGAAAAAACUUUCCUUGCCAACUGUGUGACAAGGCCUUUAACAGUGUUGAGAAAUUAAAGGUUCACUCAUACUCUCACACAGGAGAGAGGCCCUACAAGUGCACACAACAAGACUGCACCAAGGCCUUUGUUUCUAAAUACAAAUUACUAAGGCAUAUGGCUACUCAUUCUCCUGAGAAAACCCACAAGUGUAAUUAUUGUGAGAAAAUGUUUCAUCGGAAAGAUCACCUAAAGAAUCACCUACAUACACAUAAUCCUAAUAAAGAAGCCUUUAAGUGUGAAGAAUGUGGAAAGAACUACAACACGAAGCUUGGGUUUAAGCGUCACCUGGCUUUGCAUGCUGCAACAAGUGGUGACCUCACCUGUAAAGUAUGUUUGCAGACAUUUGAAAGUACAGGGGUGUUGCUGGAGCACCUAAAAACUCAUGCAGGCAAAUCAUCAGGUGGAGUGAAGGAGAAAAAGCACCAGUGUGAACAUUGUGAUCGUCGGUUUUACACCCGAAAGGAUGUCCGAAGACACAUGGUAGUGCACACUGGCAGAAAGGACUUCCUCUGUCAGUAUUGUGCACAGAGAUUUGGUCGGAAGGAUCACCUAACACGGCAUAUGAAGAAAAGUCACAACCAAGAACUUCUGAAAGUCAAAACAGAGCCAAUGGACCUUCUAGACCCCUUUACUUGCAGUGUUUCUGUGCCUAUAAAGGAUGAGUUGCUUCCAGCAAUGUCUUUAUCUUCCAGUGAACUGACAUCAAAGCCAUUUACAAACACUUUGCAAUUAAAUCUCUACAACACUCAAAUUCAGUCCAUGCAGAGCUCAGCAUCUGCACACCAAAUGGUUGCCACAUCAUUACCUUUAGGUAUGCCUUGUCCAAUAGAAAUGGAAUCUGUCCACAGUUCUCACCAGCUAUCUCUAAAAUAUCCACUCAGUUCUACCUCAUAUACAGUUUCUAUGACUGAUAAAGAACAGCCAUUGAAAGGGGAAAUUGAAAGUUACUUAAUGGAAUUGCAAAGUGGUAUGCCUUCAUCCCAAGAUUCUCAAGCAUCAUCAUCUAAAUUAGGGUUGGAUCCACAAGUAGGCCCACUAGAUGAUGUAUCUGGAGAUGUAUCUCUUUCCAAAAGUUCUGUUUCCAUUAAUGAACCUCUAAGCACCCCAUCACUGGACUUCUCCCAGUUAUUCAAUUUUAUACCAGUAAAUGGACCUCCAUUUAAUCCUUCUGUUUCUGUGGGAAAUCUUGGAAUGAGUUACACACAGGAGGAAGCACAUUCAUCUAUGACUCAGCUUCCUUCACAGGCACAAGAUCCACAAGACCCUGGUAAUGGUAUUGGUCUUGGUUCUUUGCAUUCAUUGUCAGCAGCUUUCACAAGUAGUCUAAACACAACCACAACUCUACCACGUUUUCAUCAAGCUUUCCAAUAGGAUAAAAAAAUUGCCUUGUGACAAGUUUAUUUUUAGAAAUGCCUUAGACAACUUUAAUGUAGUGCCUACUAUGUCAUUUGUAAAUCUACUUUUGUACAGUAGCAAUCUCAUUAUGCCAGUAUGAAAUUCAAAUUAAGUUUUUAAAAUAUUUUGAAUGUGCUCAUUCACAGUUGUUUACUUUGGAUUUCAAAACAGUCUCUGUAUUCUCACUGCCAGUAGAUCCACAUUUUAAAAAUAUAGAGAGAGAAAACCAUUCCCAAAACAUUAUGUAGGUCUUGUUAUAGUUUCAUGAAGAUCCAUUUGUCAAUGGAAUAGUGGCUGUUUUCAUACCUUUAAGAAUAGCAACAAAACAAUGUUAAUACAGGCAGGUUCAUGGUAUUAAGAAAAGCAACUUCUGCUUUCUUCAUAACACUUUAUAUGUAAGUAAAUUUGUAAUUCCUGUCUGAAAAAAAGUACUUUUUCCCAUCAAGAUGUCUUAGAAGGUCUGGACUUGCUAUUAUCCCUUAAAUAAUCUCACAUGAUUAUAGAGGAAUGAACCUCUCAUUUAAGUGCAAUUAUAAAGUAGUAUACAGUGCGCCCUUGCUAUCUGUGAGGGAUCCAUUCUGGAACCUCCCUCCUUCAGAUAGAAAAAAAUGGGAGACCAUAAGUCCCAUUCCUUUCAAUGGGCAGAUGCUCCCACUUGUGUUGUGAGGGCACACACCCAUUGAAAUAGCCAGGGUUUGCCAUCUGUGGAAGCUCAAACCAUAGUUGGCAAGCCUGCAGAUGGCACAGGCACACUGUAAUUUGGAAAGGAAAACAUACUUAAUUGGCAAGAACAAAAUGAAGAGCUGGCUUUGAAAUAAGAAUAAAAUUUCAGUUUUUCUAUCAAAUGUAUAUUUUUACACUCUCAUCAAAUAGAUGAAGUCCAGCUAGAAAGUUUUAUAUAUUGUCAGUUUGAUGAAUUUGCAACCAGAAAAUGAAUGUAUCUUUGCAAAUGCUACAUUUUUCCAUAUUUUCAUUGGAGUGGAUCUCUUGAUUUGUAUUUCAUGGUGUGUAACGUCACCCUAAGUAGCAACUUAGUGGUAAUCAUACUUACUACACCUGGGUAUUUGGCUAGUGAUUUUUCUCAUUGCCAAGAAUUAAUAACAGGACUCCUAGGAGUAAAGUAAAAGCAUAUUGCUUAUGCCACUUUUACCUGAUAUACAAGGUUAUUUAGGAAAAAUAACAAAAUAACUACCCAUGCUGUAUGUCCAAUUGCUGUUCAUUUUCAAAACAUCCUUUUAUAUUCUAUAUUCUGAUAACAAAAGAGGGGAAACUGUGAUAAUAAAUACAAAUUUUAGUUUGGUUAUAACUUGGUAACCUUCUAUUCCUUAUUAUUUUUGGAACGAAUUUUAAAAUAUAUAGCUAUUUCCAAUUUGUGCAGAUGAAUAUAUGGUUUUCAAGUGGUUAAACUAAAUCUACUUCAUAGAAACAAAAAUUGCUCCCAUGAAGGAGCUUUGGCUCCCCAUAUACGUAUCAUUAGUUUCUACUUUUUUAUCGUAGGAACAAUAUGCAGGUGUGACUUUACUAUUUUAUACUGAUAUAUUUAAAUUUUAUUACUGAAUGGUAACUUUUUAUAAAUGUUUGUUCCAAAGGCAUUAAAAUAAGGAUGUAUUAAUGAGGAAGUACCUUUUCAAAAUUCUGCGAGCUGCUCCAAUAUGCUGUGAGAAUAAUUUCUCAAAGUAUACUUUAGCUCUGCUGCAUGAUUGCUUCCUUUAGUUUCUAUGAAACAGAUUGCUAAAAUGUAUCUUUAGUGGAAUGAUUUGUUCAAUAUUGCUUUCCAGCCAUUUAGCACCAUCAUUUGAAGGGAAAAAACAUAUUAGAACAAGAUUGGUAAUAUUGCAACCUAUUUUAUGAUCGAAAUAGCAAAACACGUAGAAAUUUCAUUCUUGAUAUUUUUUAGAAGACAGGAUAGAAAGGCUUUAACUCUUCAAAGGAAUCAUAUCCCACAAGGAAAUUAAAUAUCCUUAUGUGCUUUUCUUUCUUUUCUUUACUUUCUUUUCUUGGUAGACGUUGAGUACCUUCACUACGUCACAGGAUCAACACUUAGAGGUCUGGCCUUCUCUAUCCCAUUUCCCCCCCCCACCUUUUCAAAACAGACACCAUCACACUGCUGUUGAAAAAGCAUUUCACUCUUUUCAGAAAUGAGUUGAACUAGUUUUAACCUUUUAGGUUCUAAUAGAGGCUUACCACUACAUUGACAGGGAUGGUAUGUAUAAAGCAUGUUACAACAAUGUUAUCUAUUUUCAGUGUUAGUUUGCUGGUUAACUGGAUUUUUUUUAAACUAGUUUUUCCAGUAUGCCUUAGUACAUAUAAAGACUCCAUAUUAUUAUGGCAGUUCCUUCAAGUUCUAAAAUGGGAUUAGACAGGUGCACUUCAAAUUAGUAAUAGGAUUUCAGACAAGAUAUUGAACCUCAUUCAGCUAGUACUUCAGCAAAUAGCUACACCUUGUGGGCAUGUCACUGAAGUAAGAUGUACAAGUAUAUGGAAGCAAAAUGACAGUAUAGGCAUUAUUUACACACUAGUGCUUUAUGACUAUCAUUUAGGCAGAGACAUGGCUGAGAAGUUAAAAUGUCAAUUUUAAAGCCUAUUUUGUAGUUACCAAGUUAAUUCUAAAAAGUGGAGGGUGGUGUGUGCUGGCUGAUCAUGCACCACACUUUGUGUAACUUCUAAACUUCUGCUAUGGAUUUUUAAAAUAUUAUAUAUAUAAUUUGCUUGUGUUUUAUUAGUAGUGAAUUGUGGAAUAGAGUGAUUUAUUCAUUUGGCAGUAGAGGUUUUCAAAAACCAUAUACUGACUAAAACAUGAGCCAGACCUGAUUGCUUUAUUAAGCUAAUAAUGAAUGUUAAGAGUACAUAUUUUCAGGAUCUUUUGCCUAGUAAGCUCUAUAUGUAUUGUAGGCUGUUGUUAUUGUUGUGUGUGUGUGUGUUUAAACUAAAGCUCGAUCAACUUCUGUGUUACACAUAAUACAAGAUAUAGCACUUUCAAAAAGAAACCUAAACUUUAUAAAAGAAAACUUACAGGUUAUGCUUUCUAUUAUAAAAUCUUCUAUUAUAAUUUUUCAAGUGCCAUUAGAUGACAUAUGUGGGCCUUUGAUAUAAUGCUUUGGGUACAAAAUGAUAAACAUUGUAACUUUUAACAGGUACAUCUUAAAGUGUUUUUAUGUCAAUUUGCUAUAUUGCACAGAACCAGUGUGUCUUUUUAAAAGGGUUUUUACACAGUAGAUUCCUAGGUUUACAUAUUUCAGUCUAUGCCGUCUUCUACUGCCAUUUCAUACCAGUCCAAAAACAGUUAAGUAUAUACUAAAAACUUAGAGGUUGCAGCCAUGUGCCCACUAAUGCUAAGUCCCAUACAUUUCAUUGGGAAUUACAUGUGUGAAAUUAGGCACAGGAGUUCAGUCUUACAGCUCAGUCAUGUAUGUUUACUUGGAAGACCCAUUUAAUUCAAUGGAAUUUACUUCCAAGUAAAUAUACAUAGGAUUGCAAUCUUCAGAAUCAAUAAAAAGCAGUAUUCUAACAAUACUAUGUCUUACCAUAGCUUUGCUGCUGUUGAACUUCAACAUAGGAGUGAUCCUGUGCCUGUAUAAAGAGAAGGAUUAAGCUCUUAAUUAUUUGUCUCAUACACUGGUUUAGCAGCUUAAAUGACAUGCCUCUUAGUAAUAAAACCUAUACACUGUUUGCUAUAAAAUAAAUUGUGUAGGUUCAGUGGCUUGUCUGUUUCAUGUCCGUAUAGAAUGAAAACUGCCACCAAUUUGACAAUACAAAGAAGACAAUUUAAAUGAUGUGGUGGUAAUUAAAAAUUGGGGUUUAGUCCCUUAACACUUCAAAGGGUGUAGUGUGUUGAAAGGCCAUGUUUUUAUAAGUAUUUAACCCUAAAAGUGACAUAGCAUUAUUGCUAACUGCAUGCAAACAUUUUAAAUAUAAACUUCAGUGGUACAGUUGAACCAGAAUGAAUGUUUAUCUUCUCAGAAACACUCCUGCAAAUAUAUUAUAGUGGAUCAUGCUGCUAAUAUAACUUGGGAUACAACUCUUCUCAUGGUGCUACAGACCUCUCUGUCUCAUUUAGACUGAUGUAUUUUUAUCCAUAGAGAAAGGCCUAUACUAGAUUUAUAGAUGUAUGAUAUAUUUUUAUACUGUGACUUAAUUUGUCAUUAAUGAAUUUUGUACACCACCAUGUUUUCAUAUGCACUUGCAAAAGGAGAAACUUGGACAUGCAAAUUUAUACCCAAAUAAGCCUAUUUUCAAAACUAUAACAUGAAAAUAAAAAGCGGGCUUUUGAUAUGGUGUGAAGUGAAGAACAUACUUGUUUCUAAGAGCCCUUUCAGUGUUGACAAAUGGAAACAAUUUUAAAAGGAUGACACCUGAACAUGAUGUGGAUUGCUGAAAUUAUAUUUUUAGAUAGUGAGAAAUGUUUGGACUUGUGCGAAAAUUUAAUAAUACAGAUUUUGAGUCAGAAUAGAAAAA